AUGGAUAUCAAAAGUGAGACCAGUCCAAUGAACGCGUUAAAACCUUAUGGAAGAGGAUUUAGACAAAAAAAACGUUCUUUGACUUCUAUAACAACUUCGUCUUCAAACACUGAUGUAAACGCAAAGUUUGGAUUCGGACCUCCAUUCCUUUUUUCUCUUCCUGAACCAAUCGAUGAUCCUUGGAAGCUUAAGUCUGAGUUGACAUUAAGAGACAUUGGCGCGAGACCUGUGUCCACACAUGCUUUACGCCGUAUAUUAGAAAGAAGAAAAGUAAAUAAUUUUUUUGAUAGUGCUCAAGAAAAGUCUAAGAAAAGUAUGAAAGAAAGAACUGAAGAGACAAGCGAUGAUGAG